AUGGCGGUGGCGGUGCUGGCGGCGCUGGCGGCGCUGUCGCUGCUGCAGCGGCUGCUGCUGCCGCACCUCUGGUCCGACCUGCGGUUCGCGCUGCGGGCGGCGCGGUGCCGGCGGCGGGCGCGGGGCGGGGGCAGCCUGGCGGCGCGGUUCCUGCGGGCGGCGCGGGCGGCUCCGGGGCGGCCGUUCCUGCGGGCGGCGGGGCGGGACGAGCCCUAUGCGGGGGCGGCGCGGCGGGUGGCGCGAGUGGCCAACGCGCUGCGGGGGCGGCUCGGGCCCGGUCGCACCGUGGGGCUGCUGGUGGGCAACGAGCCGCGCUUCGUCUGGGCCUGGCUCGGGCUGGCGGCGCUCGGGGCCCGCCCGGCCUUCCUCGGCACCGCCCUGCGGCCGCAGGCGCUGAGGCACUGCCUGAGGGCCAGCGGGGCCGGGGCGCUGCUGGCGGCCGAUGACCUGUUUGCGGUGGUGGAGCCCAUCUUGCCCAGCCUGCGGGAGGACGGCAUCGCAGUGUGGGUGCUGGGCUCAGGGCCGUACCCCGAUGGCGUUGUGGCCCUGCAGGAGCUGCUGGACGCAGCCUCUGAGGAGCUGGAGCCCGAGGACGUCUGGGAGCCCGAGGACAUGAACGAUACUUGCCUCUACAUCUUCACCUCCGGCACCACUGGUCUCCCCAAAGCCGCUCGUGUCUCCCACCUCAAGUCCAUCAUGUGCCUGAGCUUCUACGAGCUGGUGGGAGCCUCCAGCCAGGAUGUGAUCUACCUGGCGCUGCCCCUCUACCACAUGGCCGGGUCCCUCCUGGGCAUCGUCGGCUGCAUUGGCAUUGGAGCCACUUGUGUGCUGAAGGAGAAGUUCUCAGCCAGCCAAUUUUGGGAUGAUUGCCGCGCCGAGGGUGUCACCGUCUUCCAAUACAUCGGGGAGCUCUGCCGCUACCUGGUCAACCAGCCCCCGCGCCCCGGCGAGCGGGAACACGGGCUGCGGCUGGCGGUGGGCAGUGGGCUGCGCCCCGACGUCUGGCAGAGCUUCCUGCAGCGCUUCGGGGCCAUCCGCAUCGUGGAGACCUAUGGCAUGACUGAGGGCAACGUCACCCUCUUCAACUACACGGGGACACCGGGGGCCGUGGGGCGCAGCAGCUUCAUCUACAAGCUCUUCUCACCCUUCGAGAUCGUGCGCUACGACGUGUGCAAGGGAGCUCCGGUGCGGGAUGCGGCUGGGCGCUGCAUCCGCGUGGGGACGGGUGAGACGGGGCUGCUGAUUGCUCCGGUGACCCCCCGGACCCCCUUCCUGGGCUAUGCUGGCAGCCGGGAGCUGUCAGAGCAGAAGCUGCUGCGAGGGGUCUUUGCCGAGGGGGACACCUACUUCAGCACCGGAGACCUGAUGGAGCAGGAUGCGGCCCAGUUCGUCCGCUUCCGCGACCGCACGGGGGACACCUACAGGUGGAAGGGUGAGAACGUGGCCACCACUGAGGUGGCCGAAGCCUUGAUGGCCCACGAGUCCCUACAAGAAGCCACAGUCUACGGUGUCACCGUUCCAGGCCACGAGGGUCGCGCGGGGAUGGCGGCCCUGGUGCUGCGCCCUGGCUGCGGGCUGGACGGCCCCGCGCUCUACCGGCACGUGGAGCAGCUCCUGCCGCCCUAUGCUUGGCCCCGUUUCCUCCGCCUGCAGGAGCACCUGGCGAUGACGGAGACCUUCAAGCAGCAGAAGGUGCGGCUGGCGCAGGAGGGCUUCGAUCCGUCUCGCAUCCCCGACCCUCUCUUCCUGCUGGAUGAGAGCACCAAAGCCUACGUGCCACUCAGCCCUGCGCUCUGCCAGAGUGUCCUGGAUGGGCGCCUCCGCAUUUAGACCUCGCCUGGGCACCCCGAGCCCAUGGGUGUCCUGGUACUGGGUGUCCCAAAGCGCCCUGUGUCCGUCCCACCAGCACCGGGUGCCCCACGGGUCCUUCACGUCCAUCCUGUGACCCCACCAUGUCCAUCCUGCCAUCCCUGGGGCCCCCACGUCCAUCCUGUCAUCCCCAAAUCCCCCAUAUCCGUCCUGAAAUCCGUCUCUGCAUCUGUCUUGUCAUCCCUGAGCGCCCCGCAUCUCUCCUGCAGGUCUGUCCUGCCAUCCGCUGGUCCCUGUGUUUGUCCUGUGUGUUCCUAUGUACCUCCUGCAGGUCCUUGCAUCUAUUCUGUCAUCCCCAAGGCCCCCAUGUCCAUCUUGAAGGUCCUCUUGUGAUCCCUGGGUGCUCCACAUCCAUCCCGCAAGUCCCCACGUCCAUCGUGCCAUCCCCAGCUCCCCAUGUCCAUCCUGUCCAACCUGAAAGUCUCCGUGGCUGUCCUGCUGUCCUCAGGUCCUCACAUCUGUCCUGUGUAGGUCCCCAUCUCCAUUCCUCCGUCCCUGAUUCCCUGUGUUGAUCCUGUGGGUCCCCACAUCUGUCCUGUGUCCCCCAAAGAGCCUCCUGGUUCCUGGGGCCAUCUGUGCCCCCUGCCCCCACUUCCUCCCCCACACUGGGGUCGUGCCACCCUUCUUGUCCCCAUCACCACCCAUGGGGCACCCACCUCUGGCCACUGGUGCCUUCUCUGCUCUUUAUAUGUACAAACACUCUCUUUUUUUGGAUCUUUUUUAGCAAAUAAACUCU